AUGGCGAGGACAUCCAAUGAGAUACAGCUGAGGUCGGAUGAGAUGGAGCACAUUCAGACACAAGAAGCUCCCACGGCGAGGCGUGAUGAUGGGGACGAAUCGAAGGGCAUGCUAGUGGCUCCGUUGACAAUGGACGGGGCGAGUCGCGGACACGGCACUGGGCGAGCUGGGAACUGCGCUCCGAGGCGCUGGCUGCUCGGCACUGAGCUAAGGCGCCCCGGUAUCGACCGCGAGCUUCCCCCUUCCCUCUCCGACCCCGCGCUCCCUGCGAGCGUGCGCGCGCCGCUCCCCUUCUAUCUACAUCAGUCGCUUCCCCCCCCCCCCCCGUUCGCGCCCCGUCAGCUCUCCUGCCCUCGUUACGUAAUGACGCCGGUUCCUUUUCCUCCCCUA